AUGAUGCGCCGAGACUCCGAAUCUAAUAUUGCAUGCAAAAUUCGCUGAGCAUUAUGCGGUGGAAACGUCGAAUUUCUUGAAGGGAUUAUGAAAAGAUAUCCCAAAGUCGAAACUCUUAAAUUUAUUGAAAAAUACAUUGACUCUUUUUACGAAGCUGGUGUAAAUGCACGAAAUAUUGAAUCAAUAAGUUUUUUGAUUGAAAACAUACCAAUAAAUUUACUAAUCAAAGCUAUAGAAAAAGACGAUUAUUUUGUGCUGAAAAGAUUCAUUAAUGUUUUAUACCCCAACACAUCAACACAAGAGAUACGUGAAAUUCGUAAAGAAAUAUUGAUUAAACUCUCUGAAUUAGAUGAAAAUCUUAAGAACGUAAUUUAUAGCAAUGCAAGUAUGAUUUUAAAUAAUUAA